AAUCACAUUCUUUCUUUUUUUCAUUUUUGAUAGUAAAUAAUGGUUUCUAAUUAUCCCAUUCAAUAUAUUGGUUCUAUGCAUUAAAGACAGACAAAGUGUCUCCUGCCAGUUGCCACAGUCUUAAGAAAAAUUUGAAUGCAUCUCGAAUGCUUUGAAAAAGAAAAUUUUGAUUUGCUUUUGAUGAUUGGUGAAAUUAACAAUAUUUUUGUCAUGCAUACCAAUUGUUUGACCCAUGUUUUCUUGAUUUCAGUUUUGGUGCGGGCCCUGAUCACAAUACACAAUUUUGGUACUUUGGCAUUUGAAUUAGUAACAAGCAUAUUGAAGAAGAUGAAUGAAUCAUCGUCAUCGGCGGUUCUUUCAUCUCAGGAGCGAGUAAAUGGACAUCAAGAAGGUUAUCGCUGGCCACAACGACACUGGUAUGUCAAGUGUGGCUUUGCUGGAGAGAAAUUUUCGACGUCUGUAUUUUCUUGUGUAGUGGGUAUACUGAUGUUGAAAUAUGAAGAGCCUCUUUUGAAACAAAAGUUGAAGGUGAAUGCAUAUGUUUCGCUAUUCGGAAAGCAAAGAGAAAGACGAAGACUUUAUGGCAAUGAAAGGGUGUAAACUCCCUCAAAGACCUAAGAAAAGAGCCAAGAUGAUUGAAAGAAGCUGUCUAGCAAUGGAGGUAGAAGACAGGUGUGUUAUUACUCAUGUUCAAGAUAACAUCUUUCGUGUUCAUGUGAGCAAGAAAAGAGGAAGACACAAAGCAGGUGUCAAACACAGUUCAGAUGAUACAGCUUCA